AUGGCAGCUCCUUCCACACCCAUACCGGAGAUAGUAACAACUUUGGCAUCACCAGUGACAUUGAAGGGCACUUCUGAAGAUGGCUCACCGGUGUAUGAUGGUGAACUGAUACCUGAUUCUCUGAAGAAAACGGUGAACGAAGAGGAAAGGAGUAGUCAUGAAGUGGGAAGGGAGACUAUAAGGGAAGAAGACCCUGGUUCAUCACAUGCGAAUCAGCUAUCUGUACAUGCUCUAGCUCAAAGGGGUGAUACACCUUCACUAUCUGCAUUACUACGCGAAAACCCAACAUUAGAUCUUUCACAAAGAGAUGAACAAGAUAUAACUCCAUUACAUUGGGCAUCUAUCAACGCGCAUAUGGGAACAUGUAGAUUUCUUCUAGAUAAUGGUGCAGAUGUAGACGCUGUUGGUGGAGAAUUGAAAGCUACUCCUUUACAAUGGGCUGCAAGAAAUGGUCAUCUCUACGUAGUCCAUCUAUUGCUUUCUCAUGGAGCAGACCCAAACAUCUCAGAUUCACAGGGAUUCAAUACUUUACAUCUCAUAACCCAUUCAAGUGCUGUGAUGCCUUUAUUAUACAUGCUGCAUCAACCCGUUGCGAUAGAUGAAAAAGACACUGAUGGACAUACAUCAUUGAUGUGGGCAGCUUAUCAAGGCGACGCGAUAUCCGUAUCUCUACUGCUUCGUCACGGCGCUUCAGUACAUCUACAAGACAACGCAGGUAUGACACCGCUUCAUUGGGCAGCAGUAAAAGGAAACAAAGUAUCUAUCAAGCAUCUUCUGGAAGCAGGAGCAAAUUUGGAUAUCAGAGAGGAAAGUGGUAAGACGCCUAGAGAUAUGGCUGAGGAAUUGAAAGGUCUGGUACCGUUCGAAAAAGGAUUAGAGGAAGCUGGAUUCAACUCGUUAGGGAUGAAACGAUAUGGGAAGUUGAGCGAGAGACACACAACUCUUGCGAUCUUCAUACUUCCUACAAUAUUCCUCGGAUUGAUAUUCAAGACCUUCGCUUUCUUUGAAUGGUACAUUAGUAUAGCUUUAGCAGUUGCGAUAUUCGCAUCCAUGCAACUGACGGUAACACAUUAUUUGCUUCGACACCAAACUAGUGAAUACAAAGUAUCAUCUUCGAAUCAUUUCGCAUCGAUCAUCAUAGCCAGCAUCGUUUGGGUAUCUUACUGUUGGGCCAGUAGACUUGUUUCAGGUACACCAGGUCAUGGAUUUGGUAAUUUGGUUUUUUUCGUCGCAACAAGUGGAUGUAGUUACAAUCUCUUCAAAUCUAUAAGGACGGAUCCGGGAUAUGUGCCGCUUCCCGUAAAUGAUUCAGAGGUCAAGGAGGCACUAGAAGACCUAGUGGAUCAAGGAAGACUGAAUGGAACGAAUUUCUGCAUUGAAUGUAUGGCCAAGAAGCCAUUGCGAUCCAAACAUUGCAGAACUUGUGAGAGAUGUGUGGCCAAGUUCGAUCAUCAUUGUCCAUGGAUCUGGAAUUGUGUCGGGUUCAACAAUCACCGGUAUUUCCUUUCUUUCGUCCUGUUCCUGAUUGCUGGAAUAGUGAUGUUCGUCAGGCUCAGUAUCGCUUAUGUACAAGAGAAUUCUCCUGAAUAUGUACCUCCUUCAAAACCUUCACCAGGUAUCACGAUCUGCGAUAUCUCAACCACGCUUUGUCGGGCAUCGUCACAUGACUCUUUCCUCUUAUCAACGGCUUUAUGGGCUACUUUGCAACUAUCAUGGACAUUGAUAUUAGGAGUAUCACAUUUAUGGCAAGUCGGACGACAAAUGACUACAUUCGAAGUAUCCAAUCUCGGACGGUAUGGCUAUAUGGGAGGAAGAGGAGGAUCGUCAUUAAGGGACCAAAGUGGAGCAUUGAAAGCUGCUCAGGCUCUCUCAAUCGGAGCCGCACCUGGACAGUUGGGAGCGAGUGAAGAAGCUGAAGGUCUACCUACAGCAGGUCCAGAUGGCAACUCUUUUCCCCCUCCACCGAAUUCUUCAGGUCAUGUCCACGGACCAGAAUGUAACCAUAGUGAAGGUGGUCAUUCACAUGGGAUCAAAGGAAUUUGUCAGGGUCUAGGUAAAGUCAUUAGUGGACCUUUGAUGAAUAUCCUAGGUCUGGAUAGAUUCACUAAGGGUAAAGCAAUUGGAGGAAUGAAGAAAGCAGGGAAAGAUCAAAAUCCAUUUGAUAUGGGAUUUGUAAAGAACUGCUCAGAUUUUUGGAUACCCUCACGAGAUAUAGAUUAUACGCAAUUAUACGAGAUACCGCCUGAAGGUUGGAGAGCUUAUAGACGUAGAAUUGCAAUGCAGAAGAAACUGGGUGGAGAAAAUGGGAAAGGUGGUUACGUGGCUGUCAAUGAUGUUGAAGAAGUUUAA